CUUCUUCUAAACCACCCUCCCUUCACAGCUUCUCUCAUUUCUAAUUUCUUCAUCUCUCUUCUCAACGGCAACUCUCUCUCUCCUCCCCCCCUUCUCUCUCGCUCUCUUGUCUCCUUCGUCUUCCUCAUCUUCCUCAUCUUCACUCUUCCUAUCUCUCAAUUUCCAUUCUCUAAAAUGAAGCAUGAACCCAAGAAACCCUAUUUUAUUCCUAGCGCCGAUCCACUGCCAUCUUCUAUUCCUAGCGCUAACGGCGCCGGAAUCAAGGGCGGCAGACCCCUCGGAAACCUACGUCGUCUUCCAAGAAAAAUGCUUCACCGUCAGAUCCCAACUCCAUGGUUCCCGAUUCCAAACCCUCGCCAUCUAAGUUGAAGAGCCUGCUCCCUCUUCUAACCCACUUAAGCGGAAGCUCAGUAUGGAGACCGUUCCUGAGAAUUCCAUCCCUGGAUUAGAGAAGAUAUAAAAUCCGGCGUAGAAAAGCUUUAAAUUGCCUUCUGGAUGCACCACAAAAUCAGCUUCAUUCUUUGUGUUUUCUAUUUUCUAGCUCACUCAAUUCAGCCAUGGAAGUAUGGAGGAGUCAAGAAAGUUUUCACCUGCAAAACAGUGAAAGUAAACCUUUGUCUAUCAAAGAAACAUGCUCAAGGAAUUCAUUGAGAACAUCGAGAUCAAUUUCAACAAGCUUUACUACUAGUUUUGAUAGGCUUACGAGUUUUGGAAACAUAAGAUUUGAUCAAGAAGUUAGGAGUAAAGGUUUGGGAUAUCUUAAAUGUUUGGUUGAUAGAAACCCGGUAUUUCUUCAUUUGUGGAAUGAAAUACUUGUCAUGUUGUGUGUGAUUGCUACCUCAUUGGAUCCUUUGUUCUGUUACACCUUGUUGGUUGAUGAAGGCAAAAGAUGUUUUGAAUUUGACAACAAGAUGAGAAUAGUAGUUGUAAUUGUUCGCUCAAUCAUAGUCUGUCGAUUUUCAUUUUGGAUACUCCAAAUUUUAUAAUGCAAAACCUGAUGAAGCCGAUGAUGGUGUUUGCACAAGAGCUUGGAGAUUCUUUUUAUCUUAGUUCACAGUUGAUGGUGUUUCAGUUCUUCCACUCCCCCCGGUAUGAAACUUCAGCCUCUGCUGGCUUAGAUUCUAUCAAUCCCAAGUUUUUCUCCAAUUUUCUAAUUCCUUGUAUUUCCUUGAAGGAUUUGAUUGUAUGUAGACCCCCAAAGAUCCUGGCCUUUUAUUUAUUUAGGGUGAUGGAUUUAUAUACGCAGUGAGGUCAUUGAAAAAUAUUCUCAUUGUUCAAUAUUUGCCGAGGGUCUUUCAAAUCUACACAUUCUUAAAGAAAAUAGAUGGACUUCUAACAUUCUCCCAGAAAGUGCCGGGGCUCCUUGUUUUGCUCUUCUUUACUUAAAACCCCCCAAGAAAAGGAUUUUUUUUUCCAAUGGUUCUUCUCUUUCCAACUGAACUCACAUUCCCAUUUUCACCAAAAUGCAUUCCAAUCACUUGCUUCUUGAGGAGCCCAUUCGGAUGGCUUCCAUUUUGGAGCCUUUCAAGGCUAGCUUCUUUCCUAUAAUGACUAAGAUUGUUGGUACUCUGGGUCCUGACUCUCGAUCUGUACAAGUUAUUUCUGCUUGUUUGACGGCUGGAAUGUCGGUUGCUCGGUUUGACUUUUCAUGGAGUAGUCCGGAUUACCAUCAAGAGACUUUGGAAAAUUUGAAGAUUGCUGUUAAAAGCACCAAGAAACUUUGUUCUGAAGAUGGGUUUGUUGUUCUAGCACCCAAUCAAGGACUAGAGGCAUCUUCGGAGCUGCUACCUAUAAAUUAUGGUGGACUUUCAAAGGUCGAUAAGAAGGAGAUACCCUUUUUCUUGGUUUUAGAAGUGAAAGGAGAUGAUGUUGGUUGUGUGGUAAAGAACUCUGCCACGUUGGUUGGUACAGUGUACACUUUGCAUGCUGCUGAAGUUCACAUUGAUCUUCCAACACCUAUUGAGAAAGACAAAGAGGCUCGACAAUUUCUUUCUAAGCUAGGUGACCUUAACCAAACUCAAAUAUUUGCAAAGAUUGAAAGUGUAGAGAUGUUUUUGUUUCAGAAAACUGCCAUUUAUAGAUGUAAUAUGGCUGGAAAGCCUGCUGUUUUAACUCUUGUGGUAGACAGUACGACUAACAACUUGAGACCUACACGUGCAAUAGCUACUGAUGUUGCCAAUGCUGUACUUGAUGGAAGUGAUGCAAUUCUUCUUGGGGCUGAGACAUUGCGUGGAUUAUAUCCAGUAGAAUUCGUUUCAAUUGUUGGUAGAAGAUGUGCUGAAUCGUUGGUAGAAGAUGUGCUGAGGUUAUUGGAGCGUUUUGGUAUUUAUUCACUGCAGAGAGAAAAACAACUUGCUGGGAAGAAAGCUAUGCAAAUUGGCCUCUAAACUGCAAUUACAUAGGCAACUUGGGUGCCCAUUUGAGUGCCGACACCUUUUGCUCUCCAAAAGCUGAAAAUGCUUUCAAUUGUUUUGAUUUUGGAAUAUUCGAAGACGCUCUUCGUAUUAUGGGAUUAAGAAAGAUCGUGAAGUAACUGUCUCUCUGUUUUUGGUGGGGUCUGCAGAAAUUGAGGAGAAUUCUAUGACAUUUUCCUUGAAGAGUAGUUUCUGUACUGCAAAAGAAAAGACAGAUGAAGUUUAUUGAUUUAUCAUGGAUAAAAGAUUCUUGUCCAAACAUGAAAGAACUUUACAAGUUAGAACAUGGAAACUUGCCUAAUGAAUAUGGAUGAUUGCAUUUCUUCCUUGGGAAGUCUACUUUGCAAGUCACCAUUACCAUUUUUGGUUUGAUAUUAUUUGCUCUUCUUGUUGGGAAUUUGUAGACAUGUCUGCCAACCAUAGCAAGAUUGGAGGAAAUGAGAUUGAAGGGGCAUAUCUUACUUAAUAGACAUAUCUUACUUCACAGUUAACGUUCUUUCAGUUCUUCCACUCCCCCAGGUGAAAAAUACUCGUUUGCAGGUAGUGGUUUUAGUUCUCAUUUCAAGCUUGAGAGGAAAUGGAUUCAUAUACGCAGUGAGGUCAUUGAAAUAUAUUCUCAUUGUUCAAUAUUUGCCAAGGGUCUUUCGAAUCUAUUCAUUCUUAAAGAAAGAUAGAUGGACUUUUAACAUUCUCCCAGAAAGUGCCAAGGCUAAAGCUGCAUUCAAUCUCUUCCUUUAUAUGCUUCCAAGCCAUGAUUGUUCUUUGAAGACGUCUUAAAAGCAUGGUGUUGUUGAGUAAGAGCAUGAUAAGAGG